AUGCCAAGGAAGGAGCUACCACUACCAGAGGGUUGGGAAGAAGCCCGGGAUUUUGACGGGAAAGUCUACUAUAUCGACCACAUCAAACACGCUACUAGUUGGAUUGAUCCAAGAGACAGGUAUGGUAUCAUAUGGACAGCGCAGUGGGGGGAAAAAGGGAGUGAUAAAAAUUUCCCCGUUUUAUAUUUCUCAUACCGUUGAUGUACACGUCUUUCGGUGAGUUUAUCAACUUGCUUGAUGGAACAGAGAUGGGCAGUAUUUAUGUUACAUGUUUUUGAAAUACGUUUUUCAAUUACUUUUGAGUAUUUUGUGUAAUUUAUAUUUCACUGGCCUGAAUGCAAGGCAUUUUGUAAUAAGUUACACAAUUUCAAAAUGCAAAAUACUUUUCUAUACCAUUUUUAUAGCGGCUAUCACCCCAGAUUUACUGCAUUGGUGUCAGAAGUGUGAUGGCACUAUGGUGUGAUAAAAGCAUCUGCUAAAUGACCAAAAUAUUAUGUGAAAAUGAACACUUGCAAAGCACACUGGGUAUUAUUCUAAUGGUUGGUGGCUGUCAUUAUUGCAGUCAUCAUUAUAAGACCAAGAACAUGACAUACACAAGGCCACCGAUCUGCCCACCUCCCUGGUGAAUUGUCACAGGUUGGCUUGGUAGCAGCAAGACCAAGAUGACAGAACUUUGUAAACAAAGAUCUUAACAGACAUUCCUAAAACACACAGCUGAGGAGGGCUGAGCACAGAGGCUGGGAAAGUAAAGACUGAUUAUUUAAAAUCCCUUUCACUGCUUGCCAAGGUGCACAGGGUCAAAGUGCAGCAUGAGGCCCUGCUAACCUUUAACUAGGAUGUGGAAACCAGAGCCAGUCAGUGCCGGAAGGGAUUCAUGUAUAACCUCUCCAUUUCUGGGGCCAUGCAUGCAUUUCUUUACAACAACGAGAGGAGAGGGGUUAAAUCAAGUGAGGAACAUAGGCCCUUCACAGUGACAGGCUAUCUCCUAUACUGUUCACUGGUCUGUUUGGGGCACAGUAGAAUGAAGCCAGCCCAGAAUACUAAGUCUGAGAUGAGACACAGCCAUACCCAAAAGCUGUCAUUGGAGUUUCACAUCUCUUUCCACUGCAGUUCAGCACUGGGACAUUUCUGUGGCCUUGCUACGGAACAGCUGAUGGGGAGUUAUGAUAAGGAGGCCUCUUCCUGAUCAUGAUAAUGAAUUCCCAUUAGACUGGGCUGCCCUAUUGGUGGAAAAGGUGCUGCCACAAAUGCAUUCUGAUUGGCUGGGCCUAGCUCCCCAGUGGGUGGGCCUGGCUCCCAAUUGACUAAUUUCAUUAUAUGAACUGUAACUCAGCGAAAUCUUUGAAAUUGUUGUAUGUUGCGUUUUUAUAUUUUUGUUCAGUAUACAUUCAUCUAAUGAGCCUCUGCCCUGUCAGUAUCUCUGUUGGCUGCAUUCGCAUACCUCAGCCAGCCAUAUUGUUUAUCCACCCUCAUGGUGACGCACCCAACGCAUUCUGUCAGGUGAAUGGAAUGUUAUCUCCCAGAUACUGAGCCGUUGCCAGGGGGGAGCUGAAGCAGCUAGCAGCUCUACUUGAUUGUUGGACCUUGAGCGCAAUGAAAUGUAGGUUGGAACCUCAUACAUUUGACUUGAGGAAUUUAUAGUGCUUUGACUGAAAGUCUCUGACUCAUCUUUCAGUUAUGCUCCCCCAUGUUUGCACUCGGCCGCACGCUUUGUUGCUUUGCAUUAGAGCAUGUGCCAGGGUGUUUGACUUUGUUUGCAAGCCUGCCUAGUGUUUUUCACCACCGACACUCACUCAACUAAGUUGUAAUGCUGCUGCUCACCAGGAAAUGCCAGACCCCCGGUCUUUGUGUGAAACACUUAGCUAGAGGUUAAACCUGAAGAAUCAUCAACUAGGGCCUCAGAAAGCUGCUCUCGCUAUAUAGGCCCACUACCAGUAUUGUAAGGAACUCACACAGUUCAACAAAAACAGAAUGUUGAUAAACCCUAUCCUCCAGGGGAGUGCUUUCCUAAUGUAGGGUCACGGCUGGUCUUUCCUGGAUCACACAGUUUAUGGAAAAGGCUGGAAAGAAACAGGAUUUAUUUUAUCUUGCGGGUCACAAAAGACAAUUAUAGAAGCCUUAGGCGGGUCACUCACUACCCAAGAUUAGUUAUUUAAGACUCAUCACUGUCUGAAGAGAUGAAGAGAUGUCUAGCCUGGUAUCCUCUCCAGACAGACUGGGAGAGGUCUUGCAUUCCAAUGAACAACCAGUGAGUGCCUCACGCUAAGCUCUGGGCCUAUUUAAAGCCCUCUGGUUGGCCGAGUGAGACAGUGAUUCAGCGCUACUUGGAGGGUAAUGAUGAUGAGUGAUGAGUUCGGCCAUCAGCUCAGAGUGAUAAGGGUUUGAAUUUGCAGGGGUGAGAGGAAAGCGACAGUGGAAUUAAUAAAAUAAUAUGAUGAUGCGCACACAGUCACUCAAAGGACCCCGCAGCCAGCUUUUGGGGGAUUUGCGUUUGUUCUCCACAAACCUUUUCCUCCGAGAGAUACAUUUAGUAUGGGGCUAAGGGGGUCUUUGCUGGCCCUUUUAAUUAUUCAUAAAGUGAAAAAGGAACCUGUUCAGUUUCACCCUGAGCAAAAGGCUCUGUGAGGAUGGUAAUAUCUGCAGUCUUCAGAACAGAGUUUGAGCAAAAGAAAAGACUAAGACAAGUUUUCCUACACUCUUAGAAAAAAGGCCUCCAAAAGGGUUCUUCGGCUGUCCCAAUAGGAGAACCCUUUUUGGUUCCAGGUAGAACCCGGAACCCAAAAGGGUUCUACCUGUAACCAAAAAGGAUUCUACCUGGAACAAAAAAGUGUUCUUCAAAGGGUUCUCCUAUGGGGACAGCCGAAGAACCCUUUUAGGUUCUAGAUAACACCUAUUUUUCUAAAAGUGUACAUGUCGGCUGUGCCACUGAUAACUUUGUCAAAAACUUGGACAUUAGCAUAAUUUGUAUUCUGUCCUUUAGCGUAGGGGUUUAUGCCAUAGGAGGUUGUGCCAAGUUAGACCAGCAUGAAAAAGACAACAGUAGCCUAUCAAAAUCACCUCAAAUCAGCUAAUGUAAAGACCCAGAGAGGCUGAUUUUUGGACCGUUACUCAGCAAAUAGGCCCCUUCACUUUUUCCGUUGGCACAUUGCACAUUGGUCCUGUUUGUAGAGUCCUUCUGAGGUGCUUUGUGUGUGGUGGCCACUGAGGUCCUACUGGGUCUCCUGUGAUCCAGAGCUCUGGCCUUGUGUUGGAAGGCCUGGAUUGGUUGCCUCAGAAACCUCCAGGCGAUGUGUUAACUCUACUUGUGGAAUGUCAGGCCCCAGCUUCCGGCUAUUGUGCUUUGCAAGCCAGAGGUGAAUAGAGACCCAUUCUAACUAGACCCCCCUAUUAGAGAGACACACACACACUGCAAUGGUGGUAGCCCUCAGUGACAACCAAAUUAUCUAUCUUGGCAUGAACCCUGGAUGGCCAACUAUCUUGGCAUGGUCAUCCUGAUUUACUUUUGCUGUGACACCUCUCUAAUUCUUAACAUCAGUUGACUGUUGUUUCUUGUGUGUGAUUUUCAGGCAGACUAAACCUCUGACAUUUGCUGAUUGCAUUGGAGAUGAACUGCCAGUGGGUUGGGAGGAGGCCUACGACCCCAAUGUCGGGGCCUACUAUGUGGACCAUAACACAAGUGAGUCCAGAUAUGCAAUACUCCAUAACUAUAACUUCCAGCACCCAUAUUCAUCACACAUUUGUGGGAAAACAAAUGGCCGGUCAAAUCAUGAUCCAAAAUUGUGAUUAGAAUAAAUAUAUAUUAUCUCGUCCAUUCUUGUUUCUUAUGUUCUGUCUCCCUGUCCUCUCCAAUUGAUUGCCCUCUUUCCUCAUCCCCCUCGCUUCCCACAUCAGAGAGCACUCAGCUGGAGGACCCACGGGCCCAGUGGCAGCGGGAGCAGAAGGUCAUGCUGCGGGAGUACCUGGAUGUGGCCAAGGACGCGCUGAGUGCCCAGAAGGAGAUCUACCAGGUGAAGGAGCAGCGCCUGCGCCUGGCCCAGCAGGAAUACCUCCAGCUCAACAACACCUGGAGGGACAAGUCCACCUCCCAGACCAGCUGUAAGGACCUGGACCAGCCAGGGGGGGCAGGGAGACAGGGUUAUGGGGUGACAGAAGGGAUAGGCGGCAACGGGGAAGAGAACUAGAGUGAUAGGGGUUGUCUUUUAUAAGACUAGUCUUUUAGUCUUCUGAGUGAUGAAAUGCUUUUGACAUCUCUGUUGGGAAGGUGCACAUCAAUUUGAUCAUAGGAUUGCAGCUCAUCAUAGUUUACUCAAGUUGUCAGUUAUAAUAAAAGUUUGAAUACAUGCUACAAUACUUAACUUGACUCCAUUCUUAAGAGGAAUCCUCUGUCGUUGCUCAGACUUGAAGUGGUGAUUUACAGUAGUUUGAAAAUACACAGGGGAUUGAUGAGAAGGGCCUUGAAGUUGAAUAAAGCAACGUAGUGGAUUAGAUAACGCCCCGGCUCACCCUCUCAUCUUAUCUCCCACAGUGAAUUCCAGAUCAUCCUCCAGCAGUAAAUAUGACCCAGAAGUCCUCAAAGCCGAGAUAGUCACUUCCAAAAGUAGGGUAAGAAACCACUCUUUCAAGUUUUUGUCAUGUACAAUGAAAUGCCUUUUUUGCUUGCUCUUUCCCAACAUUGCAGUAAUCAAUAUCAGUAGUACUAUACAAAAAAGAUAUACAGUACCAGUCAAAAGUUUGGACACACCUAUUCAUUCCAGGGUUUUUCUUUAUUUUCACUAUUUUCUACAUUGUAGAAUAAUAGUGAAGACAUCAAAACUAUGAAAUAACACAUAUGGAAUCAUGUAGUAAGCAAAAAAGUGUUUAAAAAAUCAAAAUAUAUUUUGUAUUUUAGAUUCUUCAAAGUAGCCACCCUUUGCCUUGAUGACAGCUUUGCACACUCUUGGCAUUCUCUCAACCAGCUUCACUUGGAAUGCUUUUCCAAACAGUCUUGAAGCAGUUCCCACAUAUGCUGAGCACUUGUUGGCUGCUUUUCCUUCACUCUGCGGUCCAACUCAUCCCAAACCAUCUCAAUUGGUUAGAGGUCGGGUGAUUGUGGAGGCCAGGUCAUCUGAUGCAGCACUCCAUCACUCUCCUUCUUGGUAAAAUAGCCCUUACACAUCCUGAAGGUGUGUUGGGUCAUUGUCCUGUUGAAAAACAAAUGAUAGUCCCACUAAGCCCAAACCAGAUGGUGUCACCAGCAAAGCACCCCCACACCAUCACACCUCUUCCUCCAUGCUUCACUGUGGGAGCUACACAUGCAGAGAUCAUCCGUUCACCUACACUGCGUCUCACAAAGACACGGUGGUUGGAACCAAAAAUCUCCAAUUUGGACUCCAGACCAAAGGACAGAUUUCCACCGGUCUAAUGUCCAUUGCUCGUGUUUCUUGUCCCAAGCAAGUCUCUUCUUCUUAUUAAUGUCUUUUAAUAGUGGUUUCUUUGCAGCAAUUUGACCAUGAAGGCCUGAUUCACACAGUCCCCUCUGAACAGUUGAUGGUGAGAUGUGUCUGUGACUUGAACUCUGUGAAGCAUUUAUUUUGGCUGCAAUUUCUGAGGCUGGUAAUUCUAAUGAACUUAUCCUCUGCAGCAGAGGUAACUCUGGAUCUUCCUUUCCUGUGCCGGUCCUCAUGAGAGCCAGUUUCAUCAUAGCGCUUGAUAGUUUUUGCGACUGAACUUGAAGAAACUUUAAAAGUUCUUGAAAUUGUCCGUACUAACUGACCUUCUUGUCUUAAAGUAAUGAUGGCUGUCGUUUCUCUUUGCUUAUUUGAGCUGUUCUUGCCAUAAUAUGGACUUGGUCUUUUACCAAAUAGGGCUAUCUUCUGUAUACCCCCCCCCCCCCCCCCCACAAAUUAACUUUUAACAAGGCACACCUGUUAAUUGAAAUGCAUUCCAGGUGACUACCUCAUGAUGCUGGUUGAGAGAAAGCCAAGAGUGUGCAAAGCUGUCAUCAAGGCAAAGGGUGGCUACUUUGAAGAAUCUCAAAUAUAAAAUAUAUUUUGAUUUGUUUAACACUUUUUUGGUUACUACAUGAUUUCAUAUGUGUUAUUUCAUAGUUUUGAUGUCUUCACUAUUAUUCUACAAUGUAGAAAAUAGUACAAAUAAAGAAAAACCCUGGAAUGAGUAGGUGUGUUCAAACCUUGGACUGGUACUGUAUAAGUAGCACAAAAACAGUUGUUUUUUUUACACUGUCUCUGUACUUUAUCUAUGGCCUGCAUUACUUGUGUUCAGUCACAUUAGGAAUGGAUGUGUAUACCCAUAUGUUCUUAAGGCUUCUGUUGGGGCUUAAUUCUCAUCCCUAAGCAGACAUUAGUGCAUGAAAUAGGCUUAGUCCAACGGGCUGUUGCUAAGUGACUGAGUGUCCAACUCUCUUUCUCAUUGUAAAGGAGGAAUGUGUGUAAGUGACAUCUUUGUCUGAGACCUGCACCCAGGGUUGCGUCCCAAAUGGCACCUUAUUCCCUAUAUGGUGUACUACUUUUGACCAGGGCCCAUAGGACUCUGGUCAAAAGUAGUGUACUACAUAGGGUGCCAUUUGGGACACGUCCCAGAGCUGCCAGUUGGUGUUGCGUAACAGUAACACACUCUGUUGGAUUAUUUGUCGAUGUUUCCCCCCCUCACUCCUCCACAUUUCAUAAAAAAACAAUAAGCAAAUGUUUUGUUUUAAUCAUAUUUAUUCAUAUUAGAUGCGAUAAGGCGCAUUAUCAGUUAUAUCCUACUUAUUUUUUCUGCAUGGAACAAACACAAUCGGUUCUAUUUGAAUCAGCUGUUCCCAAAUAUAGCCAAAUAAUCAUUCUCCGUAAUCAAUUGUAUUACAACUGGACAUUUUUAAUUUCAGUAAAUCAUACUGUGUGUUUCUCUCGGGUGAAUCCGCCGAAUAUAAUCAUAUUCCCAGUAAUCAAUUGUAUUUUGACUUGGGACAUUUUUUAUUUCAGUGAAAUAACUAUAUUCCUGUGUGUUUGUCUCUUUUAGGUGAAUAAGCUGAAGAGGGACCUAGCCUGCAUGAAACAAGAGUUGCAGUACAAAGAGCAGGGCUUUGAAACGCUGAAAGAGUAAGUGCAACCCGACCUCGUUACACAAUCACAAUUACACUACACCGUAGUAGUAGGCUUCUGCUUUUUUCGAUACAGUUGCAGAAAGAUUCCCGUUGUCAACACAUCAACACACUCGAAGCUCUCAGCUCUCACUAUGGUCGAAAUGGCAACUCGCUGACAUUUACAAACAGACAGUGAAUUAAAUUGUAAUUUCAUGCGUGACCUUCAAAAUGGUCAAAUAUCACUAUUUUUGCCUGCGAAGCACAAUUCUCUUGGAGUGCCUGAAGUGCUGCUUCUACAAUGUGUCUUGUGGAAAAAGCCGGGCCCUGGCUCAUUUCUGUGAUUUCUUUUGUUUUUUGUUUGUUUUGUUUUUGUAAACGAACGACAAGAUACAUAGUGGUUCAGUUGGAUUCCAAUCCGUUCUUCCGUGACCUUCAUUUGAUAUCAAAGACUUUUACCAACCCUCAUGAAACAAUAAUAAUAAUAUACUAACACAGUAACAUCCUAUGUCGGUCCUAAGCUCUCCUUUCCCAAAGAAAAUACCUUAGGGUCUUUAUAACAUAAGACCGAAAUAGAAUAAGAGUAUCUAUUCUAACAGCCAGGUGGAAAAGGCUUACAGAGGCUUCACUUGUUCUAGUUCUCCUUGGCCUGUAACGGAGGAGUGCUGCUCCCCUCCCUCGCACCCUCCCUCCCUCCUUUGCUCUCAGAAGAAUGUGGAAAGACCUGUUGUUCCACUGCACGCAUGACUUGCUGAUGAUUGGCUUUACAUAUUUGCUGCUGUCGCCACGGAUGGAUGGUCUCUCUCCCUGUGUCGCUGACGGGCUCUUUCCUCUCUCUCUAUACCUGUGGCCCUUUAAAUCCAGUUUGACUCCUGUAAUAGAUCCUUAGUUUUCUUAUUGUUCACUGCUGUCUAGAUUAGAUCAGGAUUGUUUGAAAGUGACACAGUAGGAUUAUCAUAGUGAAAAUGAAAUGUGUUUUUUAAACAACAUCCCUCCUUUAACAAACCCCAAACUAAAUAAUAAUAAUCUGAGAGCAAAAAUGUACAACUCAGAUGGCACUAUCUUCAGGUGUACUAUUUAAAGACCGUUUAAUAACUCACUCUCUGAUCUGUUUCCACCGUGUGCCUCCCUCCAGGAUCGACCACAAGGUGUCCAGCGCACCUUACGGUGUCAAUCUUCACGAGGCGCAGGCCAUCCUGAAUGAGGUGAAGUCCAUCCGGGAUGCCAUCAGCUCCGGGGAGAAGGAGAAACAGGAGCUCAUGCAGGCAAGUAGGGAUGGGAUGAGAGGGGGAUGAGGGAGGGAGAGGGGUUGGUGAAUGGAUAAGAUGGGAUGGCGGUCAGGUGUUGUGUGCGGAGAUAUAUAGGAGACAGCCUCAUAUGAGGCUAUGGGGAAUGGAGGGAGGGGGGAGAGUGUGGCUGUUUAGAGUUGGGCUGACUGUCAGGGAAAGGAAGGAGAGAUGGAAAGGAGCGAGGGAGGGAGAUGGGCUGGACUGACUGUCAGGCAGGGAAAGAGAGGGGGAGAGAGAAGGAAGAAGAAGGGGAAAGAGGACAGGGAGGUGGUAGACAGGUACUGCAGAGUCUUGUCUCAGUCUUGUGUGCCUCUUCGUCUCACACGGCUCAGUUUUCUCUCCGCCUGGGUAUCACCCUCUCUCCCACCCUCCCUCUUUUCCUCUGUCCCCUGCAACCUCUCCGUCUCCCCUCUCAUGUCCCAGCGUCCCCUGGGCUGAGUGACAGACAGACAGACGGACGGACAGACUCAUACAUAUUCCUGCCAUGACUUUGCUGCUCAAUCAAUGAUGCAGCAGCAGGCUGAGACUUGGUGCGUGGUUGGUAUUUGCCUGCCUACUUCAUGCUCCCAACUCUGCUGAGGACACAUACACACGCACACACACAUACACGCCCCAUUUUUAAUCUUGGUGGCAGCAAUUGUAGAAAACAACAAACGUGUUUGUUAGUAGGGGCUGGAUUGUGUUUAAUAAUGCAGAGCCCCCAUGAUUCACUCUCUCGCUCCCCACACUGGGAUGCCUCCCCUCCCCAGCCUUCUGCCGCUGACAGUUCAGUUGUAUGUGUGUUGGCUUUGUAGUGUCUGUUUGACUGCAGUGUAUGAGUACAUUUACAUGCACACUAAUAAUUCGAUAUAAAACUGAUUAUGGGAGUAGGCCGAUUAUGGCAUUAGUCGUGUAAACACCUUACUCUGUUUAUCUUAAUCCGCGUAAGGUCAUAGUUGAAGUAAGCAUACGCCGAUUAAAACACCAGAUUUUCUGAGCAAUUCUUCGAAUUAUUAGGACAUGUAAAUACCUUCAUCAGCGUGAUAGAGGUGUAUUUGAUCUGCACGUGUGCUAGCACGAGCUUCCUUCUUUUGCGUGACUGAAGUGAUUUUGGAAAAACUGAAAGUAUGCAUCUUAGUAGUUUUCACAUAUAAACUUUACACUACAUGGCCAAAAAUAUGUGGAAACCCCUUCAAAUUAGUGGAUUCGGCUAUUUCAGCCACACCCGUUACUGACAAGUGUAUAAAAUCGAGCACACCGCCAUGCAAUCUCCAUAGACAAACAUAGGCAGUAGAAUGGCCCGUACUAAAGAGCUCAGUGACUUUCAACGUGGCAUCGUUAUAGGAUGCCACCUUUCCAACAAGUCAUUUUGUCAAAUUUCUGCCCUGCUAGAGCUGCCCUGGUCAACUGUAAGUGCUGUUAUUGUGAACUGGAAACAUCUAGGAGCAACAACGACUCAGCCGCGAAGUGGUAGGCCACACAAGCUCACAGAAUGGGACUGCUGAAGCGCGUAGCGCGUAAAAAUCGUCUGCCCACUGGUUGCAACACUCACUACCGAGUUCCAAACUGCCCCUGGAAGCAACGUCAGCACAAGAGCUGUUCGUCGGGAGCUUCAUGAAAUGGGUUUCAAUGGCCGAGCAGCCGCACACAAGCCUGAGAUCACCAUGUGCAAUGCCAAGCGUCGGCUGGAGUGGUGUAAAGCUUGCCGCCAUUGGACUCUGGAGCAAUCUGGAGUGAUUUAAUCACUCUUCACCAUCUGGCAGUCCGACGGACGAAUUUAGGUUUGGCAGAUGCCAGGAGAACGCUACCUGCCCGAAUACCUAGUUCCAACUGUAAAGUUUGGUGGGGGAGGAAUAAUGGUCUGGGGCUGUUUGUCAUGGUUCGGUCUAGGCCCCUUAGUUCCAGUGAAGGGAAAUCUAGACGAUUCUGUGCUUCCAACUUUGUGGCAAAAGUUUGGGAAAGGCCCUUUCCUGUUUCAGCAUGACAAUGCCCCCGUGCACAAAGCGAGAUCCAUACAGAAAUGGUUUGUCGAGAUCGGUGUGGAAGAACUUGACUGGCCUGCACAGAGCCCUGACCCCAACCCCAUCAAACACCUUUGGGAUGAAUUGGAACGCAGACUGCGAGCCAGGCCUAAUCGCAUAACAUCAGUGCCCGACCUCACUAAUGCUUUUGUGGCUGAAUGGAAGCAAUUCCCCGCAGCAAUGUUCCAACAUCUAGUGGAAAACCUUCCCAGAAGAGUGGAGGCUGUUAUGCAGCAAAUGGGGGACCAACUCCAUAUUAAUGCCCAUGAUUUUGGAUUGAGAUGUUUGUCGAGCAGGUGUCCACAUAUUUUUGGCGAUGGAGUGUAUAUUAUGUCCAAACUCAGAAUCAAAUAUGCGUCACAAAAAUAACAUUAAAUCAAAUCUAUUUUUAUUGGUCACAUGCACGUGUUUAGCAGAUGUUAUUGCUGGUGUUCCGAAAUGGUUGUGCUUCUAGCUCCGACAGUGCAGUAAUAUUUAACAAGUAAUUUCUAACAAUUUCACAACAUAUGCCCAAUACACACAAAUCAAAGUAAGGAAUUUAUUAAGAAUAUAUACAUAUAUGGACGAGCGACGUCAGAGCGGCAUGGACUAAGAUACAGUAGAAUAGUAUAAAAUACAGUAUAUACAGUUGAAGUAGGAAGUUUACAUACACCUUAGCCAAAUACAUUUAAACUCAGUUUUUCAUAAUUCCUGACAUUUAAUCCUAGUAAAAAUUCCCUGUCUUAGGUCCGUUAGGAUCACCACUUUAUUUUAAGAAUGAGAAAUGUCAGAAUAAUAGUAGAGAGAAUUAUUUAUUUAAGAUUUUAUUUAUUUCAUCACAUUCCCAGUGGGUCAGAAGUUUACAUACACUCAAUUUGUAUUUGGUAGCAUUGCCUUUAAAUUGUUUAACUUGGGUAAAACGUUUUGGGUAGCCUUCCACAAGCUUCCCACAAUAAGUUGGGUGAAUUUUGGGCCAUUCCUCCUGACAGAGCUGGUGUAACUGAGUCAGGUUUGUAGGCCUCCUUGCUCGCACACGCUUUUUCAGUUCUGCCCACACAUUUUCUAUAGGAUUGAGGUCAGGGCUUUGUGAUGGCCACUCCAAUACCUUGACUUUGGCUUGCAAGCCACCCCCCUUUUCCUCCAAACAUAACGAUGGUCAUUAUGGCCAAACAGUUCUAUUUUUGUUUCAUCAGACCAGAGGACAAUUCUCCAGAAAGUACAAUCUUUGUCCCCAUGUGCAGUUGCAAACCGUAGUCUGGCUUUUUUAUGGUGGUUUUGGAGCAGUGGCUUCUUCCUUGCUGAGCGGCCUUUCAGGUUAUGUUGAUAUAGGACUCGUUUUACUGUGGAAAUAGAUACUUUUGUACCUGUUUCCUUCAGCAUCUUCACAAGGUCCUUUGCUGUUGUUCUGGGAUUGAUUUGCACUUUUCACACCAAAGUACGUUCAUCUCUACGAGACAGAACGCGUCUCCUUCCUGAGCGGUAUGACGGCUGCGUGGUCCCAUGGUGUUUAUACUUGCGUGCUAUUGUUUGUACAGAUGAACGUGGUACCUUUAGGCGUUUGGAAAUUGCUCCCAAGGAUGAACCAGACUUGUGGAGGUCUACAAUUUUUUUUCUGAUGUCUUGGCUGAUUUCUUUUGAUUUUCCCAUGAUGUCAAGCUCUUGCACUGAGUUUGAAGAUAGGCCUUGAAAUAAAUCCACAGGUACACCUCAAAUAUCAAUUAGCCUAUCAGAAGCUUCUAAAGCCAUGACAUCAUUUUCUGGAAUUUUCCAAGCUUUUUAAAGGCACAGUCAACUUAGUGUAUGUAAACUUCUGACCCACUGGAAUUGUGAUACAGUGAAUUAUAAGUGAAAUAAUCUGUUUGUAAACAAUUGUUGGAAAAAUUACUUGUGUCAUGCACAAAGUAGAUGUCCUAACCGACUUGCCAAAACUAUAGUUUGUUAACAAGAAAUUUGUGGAGUGGUUGAAAAACAAGUUUUAAUGACUCCAACCUAAGUGUAUGUAAACCUCCGACUUCAACUGUACAUAUGGGAUGAGUAUUGCAAGAUAUGUAAACAUUAUUAAAGUGACUAAGGUACCGUAGAAUAGUAUAGCAUACAGUAUAUACAUAUGAGAUGAGAAAUGCAAGAUAUGUAAACAUUAUUAAAGUGGCUAGUGUUCCAUUUCUUAAAGUGGCCAGUGAUUUCUAGUCUAUGUCUAUAGGCAGCAGCCUCUAAUGUGCUAGUGAUGGCUGUUUAACAGUCUGAUGGCCUUGAGAUUGAAGCUUUUUUUCAGUCUGUUGGUCCCAGCUUUGAUGCACCUGUACUGACCUCACCUUCUGCAUGAUAGCGGGGUGAACAGUCAGUGGCUCGGGUGGUUGAUGUCCUUGAUGAUAUUUUUGUCCUUCCUAUGACAUCGGGCGUUGUAGGUGUCCUGGAGGGCGGGUAGUUUGCCCCCGGUAAUGCGUUGUGCAGACCGCACCACCCUCUGGAGAGCCUUGCGGUUGCGGGCCGUGCAGUUGCCGUACCAGGCAGUGAUACAGCCUAACAGGAUGCUCUAAACUGUGCAUCUGUAAAAGUUUCUGAGGGUUUUAGGUGCGACGCCAAAUACUUUAGCCUCCUGAGGUCGAAGACUCGGUGUUAGAACGUUUAUUUUGAUGGCUAUUUUCAAAGUCCCAUCAGGUAGACUGAUUUCAGAUGUGUCCAUUAUUAGGGAAAUCGUUCUUCUUGCAAAGCAUCUAAACGUUUAAAUCGAUCUAUACUGAACAAAAAUAUAAAUGCAACAUGCAACAUUUUCAACGAUUUUAUUGAGUUACAGUUCAUAUAAGGAAAUCAGUCAAUUGAAAUACAUUUCACAUGACUGGGCAGGGGUGCAGCUGUGGGUGGGCCUGGGAGGGCAUAGGCCCACCCACUGGGGAGCCAGGACCUGCCAAUCAGAAUUAGUUUUUCCCCACAGACCGAAAUACUGCUGAGUUUCUGUCUGGGUGGCUGGUCUCAGACGAUCCUGCAGGUGAAGAAGCCGGAUGUGGAGGUCCUGGGCUGGCGAAGUGGUCUGCGGUUGUGAGGCAUGCGGCUUAUGGUAGAGAAAUUAACAUUCAAUUCUCUGGCAACGGCUCUGGUGGACAUUCCUGCAGUCAGCAUGCCAAUUGCACGCUCCCUCAACUUGAGACAUCUGUGGCAUUGUGUUUUGUGACAAAACUGCACAUUUUAGAGUGGCCUUUUAUUGUCCCCAGCACAAGGUUCACCUGUGUAAUGAUCAUGCUGUUUAAUCAGCUUCUUGAUAUGCCACACUUGUCAGGUGGAUGGAUUAUCUUGGCAAAGGAGAAAUGCUCACUAACAGGGAUGUAAACAAAUUUGUGCACAACAUUUUUGAGAAAUAAGGUUUUUGUUCAGCUCAUGAAACAUGAGACCAACACUUUACAUGUUGCGUUUAUAUUUUAGUUCAGUAUAUUAUAUUAUUCUGACCAUUCACAAUAAUCGUAUCAUUGUGUGCAUAUAUGAAGCCUGCCCUACUCAGUAUUGUGUCCAAGGGGAGCCUCGGUUGGCAGUCUUCUCUAUGCUGUUUUUACUUGAAGUGUUUACAAUAGUCAAGAUAAGGUUCAUUCCACUCCAUGUUUCAGUGCUGAGCCAUGUAUGAUAUUUAUAAACAACCUUGAAGAUCAGCACUGAUUUUUAUCACAGCACAGAUAUAAGUAGGUUACUGUUUUUGGCAAAUGUUGCAAAAAGGGUUCACAUUUCAAAAACACAUCUUUAUGCAAUGUACUCGUCUACAGGUAUCUGCCAAAAUAAUGAAACACUUGAGUAAAUGAGGGAAACAAAGUAUAUUGAAAACAGGUGCUUCAAACAGGUGUGGUUCCUGAGGUAAUUAAGCAAUUAACAUCCCAUCAUGCUCAGGGUCAUGUAUAAAAAUCCAGGGCACGAGUGGUCACUGAAUGGUUUGAUAAGCAUGAAAAUGAUGUAUGCCAUGGCCGUGUCAGUCACCAUACCUCAACCCAAUUGAACACUUAUGGAAGAUUCUGGAGCGGUGUCUGAGACAGCAUUUUCCACCACCAUCAACAAAACACCAAGUUAUGGAAUUGCUUGUGGAAGAAUGGUGUCCCAUCCCUCUAAUAGAGUUCCAGACGCUUGUAGAAUCUAUGCCAAGGUGCAUUGAAGCUAUUCUGGCUCGUGUUGGCCCAACGCCCUAUUAAGACACAUUAUGUUGGUGUUUCCUUUAUUCAGGCAGUUACAUGUAUCUCUAUCUAUCUCUGAGUGUGUUAUAGAUUUAAACCAUAGGACAGGAGCUUUGUGAAUGUAAGACACACAGACACAGCAAAGGAUAUAAACAUACUAGCCGUGAUUCAAUUUUGAUUUCACUAUCUCUAAUUUGUCAAACCUGUGUGUGUCGGUCGGUCUCUCCCUGUAGAAACUAGCAGUGCUUAAGGAUGGCUUCCAGCUGGACUCAGUGGGUUCUCAGUCUGACCUGUGGGGCAGCAGCCCCUCCCUGGCCAACUCUGAGCUGUUCAACCCUCGCCUCUACUCCGAAGCCGGAUCCCAGACCAACAUACCUGCUGAGGUGAGCGGGGGUCUGUUCAGUUGGCACGGAAGACAAUAGACUGAAAUUGUGAGGGUAUACCUGGACUUGUCCAAUAGGAAAUGCUUGUUUUAAUUUUCAGUUUCAAAAUGUUUUCCUUUGGUGUGCCCUAAUGAACAGGACCCAGGUGAAACCUUUGGAAGCGUGCCAUGGAACGAUGCAGAAACUGGUUGCGUCAUUAAUUGAUCAGAAUGUAGCUUUGUCACACCGCCUUGAUUUUUGUUAUUCUUUUGUUUGAUAUAGUUUGUGACAAACACCAACAACUUGGCAGAGAAGGUGCGACUGAGCCUGAAGUAUGAAGAAGCAAAUAGAAGGUAAUUUGUAUAACCCAGAUUACUCAUUCCCAACACAACCCAUCAGUCUAGUGACUUUAUAACUCGUUAUAAGCAUUCAUGAGCCCUUAUAAUGACUUAUAAGGCUUAUCAUAUGUUAUAUCUCUUUUAAACCUUCCCUCCUCCACACAAUUAAAUAGAACAUAAGUAAGUAGCCUUACACGAAGCAUUGGCUUGUGCGAGCGGGAACGGCUCGCAGGAGCCUUUUUCCUGUUUUUGUAGCAUCAGGCAGCUUGAUGUACAAGUACACCCCCUGGACUCUAGUCUAUUGCAGGGCCUUAGAGCAGGAGAACAUAUAAAUAAAACAUAAUAGAACAUUAAAUAUAUGAUCUCUGCUCUCCUCCCUCCACCUCCAGGAUUGCCACCAUCGAGGUGCAGAUAGCCAAGCUGGACAGUGAGGCGUGGCCGGGGCUGCUGGACCCAGAGCGCGACCGCCUCAUCCUCAUCAACGAGAAGGAGGAGCUACUCAAGGAGCUGCAGUACAUCAAGCCCUGCAAGAAAGCGCCCAAUGACCAGGAGAAGAUAGAGACAGAGAAGAAGAGGCUUGAGAGAGACCUGCAGGCUGCCAGGGACAACCAGAGCAAGGCUCUGACCGAGAGGUGAGGAGGGGGAGGGGAUUUACAGCUGCUUGGUGGGGCACAAAGUCGCUAGAAACAACAUUGUAGGCAGCAAACACCAAAUUGUUUAAUUAGAACAGUGUGAGGCUAAAUGGUUUGGGCAGUAAAGGUGGGGGAAACAUUGGUCAGCAUGGGGCUUACAGACAUAUUGAGUGAUGGCCAUCACUCCAUCCCUGGGUAAGGUCAGGGUCAUGGCCAGGGAAAGAGGGAUAAAUGAGAGAGGGAACAGAGCUGUACACCAGGAAAGCGUCAUGGUCACAUACAAUAAUACAGGAGAUGAAAUUAAAGUCACCCACUCUUCUCUCUUAACAGUGAACUUUUAUUGCAACUUUUUUGAGUUUUUGUUCCAUUAGUCAGUACCUCGCCAAAAGAGUGCAAUUUUUAAUUUCUUUAUACAGCACAUUUUAAUGCUAGCGAGGGAACGGGUCGGCGCGGCUGUUGUGUGAAGGACAGAGGGGGCCAUUGGAACCCCGCUGGAACUAGGCUACAGUAUAUUCACAGACAGGGAAUAGAUAGGCAGAGCAAGGCCCACAUCCCUGCUGAUAACAACAUACUGUACUGUACUUUAACUGCAGUGAAAAUACAUGGUGUAAGUGAUAUGACUGUUACAUAAAUACAGGUCGUCUACUCCCUGAUGGGGACCUGGUGUUAGACGGGGCCCCUUGGCUCUGGGCCUACAGAUAGCUAAACAAAUAGAAAUCAGACUGAACACUAACUAUGGAAAACAUAUUGACCUCUUUAGCAGGGUUCAAUAAACACUACUGUCAACCAGGUUGAAAAGCACUGCUCUCUAUGUUUACAAAAUGUUAUGUCUGUCAACCCUGUAAGAUUUACUCCAAGACACACAACACACGGUUACCUCUGCACCUUUUGUUGUGUUUGAUGCUUUGAUCCGCAUAGCCUUUUUUCAUGACAUUCGUUGUUCAUGGUUGUGAUUGGAUCACAGACCAUAGAUGUUGAUAGUGUAGGUAGUGUAGUGUAGUGUAGAAACCCCUCCCACUUACCUGUCACUAGCCUUCUCUAAGAUGCAUACUUACUCUUUAGUGGUUGGACAUCUGCACUCUGAAUCAGGUAACCAAGGGGACUACAUUUACAUUACAUUUACAUCAUUUAGCAGACGCUCUUAUCCAGAGCGACUUACAAAUAGGUGCAUUCACCUUAUAGCCAGUGGGAUAACCACUUUACAAUUUUGUUUAUUUUUUGAAAAAAAAAUGUUUGGGGGGGGGGGGGUGGGUUACUUUAUCCUAUCCCAGGUAUUCCUUAAAGAGGUGGGGUUUCAAAUGUCUCCGGAAGGUGGUGAGUGACUCCGCUGUCCUGGCGUCGUGAGGGAGCUUGUUCCACCAUUGGGGUGCCAGAGCAGCAAACAGUUUUGACUGGGCUGAGCGGGAACUAUGCUUCCGCAGAGAUAGGGGAGCCAGCAGGCCAGAGGUGGAUGAACGCAGUGCCCUCGUUUGGGUGUAGGGACUGAUCAGAGCCUGAAGGUACGGAGGUGCCGUUCCCCUCACAGCUCCGUAGGCAAGCACCAUGGUCUUGUAGCAGAUGCGAGCUUCAACUGGAAGCCAGUGGAGUGUGCGGAGGAGCGGGGUGACGUGAGAGAACUUGGGAAGGUUGAACACCAGACGGGCUGCGGCAUUCUGGAUGAGUUGUAGAGGUUUAAUGGCACAGGCAGGGAGCCCAGCCAACAGCGAGUUGCAGUAAUCCAGACGGGAGAUGACAAGUGCCUGGAUUAGGACCUGUGCCGCUUCCUGUGUAAGGCAGGGUUGUACUCUCCGAAUGUUGUAGAGCAUGAACCUACAGGAUCGGGUCACCGCCUUGAUGUUAGCGGAGAACGACAGGGUGUUGUCCAGGGUCACGCCAAGGCUCUUCGCACUCUGGGAGGAGGACACAACGGAGUUGUCAACCGUGAUGGCGAGAUCAUGGAACGGGCAGUCCUUCCCCGGGAGGAAGAGCAGCUCCGUCUUGCCGAGGUUCAGCUUGAGGUGGUGAUCCGUCAUCCAUACUGAUAUGUCUGCCAGACAUGCAGAGAUGCGAUUCGCCACCUGGUUAUCAGAAGGGGGAAAGGAGAAGAUUAGUUGUGUGUCGUCAGCGUAGCAAUGAUAGGAGAGGCCAUGUGAGGAUAUGACAGAGCCAAGUGACUUGGUGUAUAGCGAGAAUAGGAGAGGGCCUAGAACUGAGCCCUGGGGGACACCAGUGGUGAGAGCACGUGAUGCGGAGACAGCUUCUCGCCACGCCACUUGGUAGGAGCGACCGGUCAGGUAGGACGCAAUCCAAGAGUGAGCCGCGCCGGAGAUGCCCAGCUCGGAGAGGGUGGAGAGGAGGAUCUGAUGGUUCACAGUAUCAAAGGCAGCAGACAGGUCUAGAAGGACAAGAGCAGAGGAGAGAGAGUUAGCUUUAGCAGUGCGGAGAGCCUCUGUGACACAGAGAAUAGCAGUCUCAGUUGAAUGACCAGUCUUGAAACCUGACUGGUUUGGAUCAAGAAGGUCAUUCUGAGAGAGAUAGCAAGAGUUGGCUAAAGACGGCACGCUCAAUAGUUUUGGAGAGAAAAUAAAGAAGGGAUACUGGUCUGUAGUUGUUGACAUCAGAGGGAUCGAGUGUUGGUUUUUUGAGAAGGGGUGCAACUCUCGCUCUCUUGAAGACGGAAGGGACAUAGCCAGCGGUCAAGGAUGAGUUGAUCAGCGAGGUGAGGUAAGGGAGAAGGUCACCGGAGAUGGUCUGGAGAAGAGAGGAGGGGAUAGGGUCAAGCGGGAAGGUUGUUAGGCGGCCUGCCGUCACAAGUCGCAAGAUUUUAUCUGGAGAGAGAGGGGAGAAAGAAGUCAAAGCAUAGGGUAGGGCAGUGUGAGCAGGACCAGCAGUGUCAUUUGACUUAACAAACGAGGACCGGAUGUCGUCAACCUUCUUUUCAAAAUGGUUGACGAAGUCAUCAACAGAGAGGGAGGAGGGGGGGGAUUCAGCAGGGAGGAGAAUGUGGCAAAGAGCUUCCUAGGGUUAGAGGCGGAUGCUUGGAAUUUAGAGUGGUAGAAAGUGGCCUUACCAGCAGAAACAGAUGAAGAAAAUGUAGAGAGGAGGGAGUGAAAAGAUGCCAGGUCUGCAGGGAGUCUAGUUUUCUUCCAUUUCCGCUCAGCUGCCCGGAGCUCUGUUCUGUGAGCUCGCAAUGAGUCAUCAAGCCACGGAGCUGGAGGGGAGGACCGAGCCGGCCGGGAGGAUAGGGGACAUAGAGAGUCAAAGGAUGCAGAAAGGGAGGAGAGGAGAGUUGAGGAGGCAGAAUCAGGAGAUUGGAGGGAGAAGGAUUGAGCAGAGGGAAGAGAUGAUAGGAUGGAAGAGGAGAGAGUAGCGGGAGAGAGAGAGCGAAGGUUGCGACGGCACAUUACCAUCUGAGUAGGGGCAGAGUGAGUAGUGUUGGAGGAGAGGGAGAGAGAAAAGGAUACAAAGUAGUGGUCGGAGACUUGGAGGGGAGUUGCAGUGAGAUUAGUAGAAGAACAGCAUCUAGUAAAGAUGAGGUCAAGCGUAUUGCCUGCCUUGUGAGUAGGGGGGGACGGUGAGAGGGUGAGGUCAAAAGAGGAGAGGAGUGGAAAGAAGGAGGCAGAGAGAAAUGAGUCAAAUGUAGACGUAGGGAGGUUGAAAUCCCCCAGAACUGUGAGGGGUGAGCCAUCCUCAGGAAAGGAACUUAUCAAGGCGUCAAGCUCAUUGAUUAACUCUCCAAGGGAACCUGGAGGGCGAUAGAUGACAAGGAUAUUAAGCUUAAAUGGGCUAGUGACUGUGACAGCAUGGAAUUCAAAUGAGGAGACAGACAGAUGGGUCAGGGGAAAAAUUGAGAAUGUCCACUUGGGAGAGAUGAGGAUUCCUGUGCCACCACCCCGCUGACCAGAUGCUCUCGGGGUAUGCGAGAACACAUGGUCAGACGAGGAGAGAGGAGUAGCAGUGUUUUCAGUGGUAAUCCAUGUUUCCGUCAGCGCCAAGAAGUCGAGGGACUGGAGGGUAGCAUAGGCUGGGAUGAAGUCUGCCUUGUUGGCAGCAGAACGGCAGUUCCAGAGGCUGCCUGAGACCUGGAACUCCACGUGGGUCGUGCGUGCAGGGACCACCAGGCUAGAGAGGCAGCAGCCACGCGGUGCGAGGCGUUUGUGUAGCCUGUGCGGAGAGGAGAGAACAGGGAUAGGCAGAGGCAUAGUUGACAGGCUGCAGCAGAUGGCUACAAUAAUGCAGAGGAGAUCGGAAUAAAAUGAACUAAACAUCUGGGAAAGGAGAGAGCGGGGCCUCCCUCACCACAACUCCCAAAUAUAACUCUCCCAACUUCCACCUCAGAAACUAUAAUUGUUGUAAACUACAGCGGCUCAAUGUUUUCUAGGAAUAGACUAACCUAGUUUAUUCAGCUAGCUAACUAGGUGCAGUAUUAUUCCGUGAAAAACGUCCGGGCACCUCGUCAUAAGACGCCACAGCCAGCUAGCAUGCCGGUCUCCAACAGCAGGGUUUAGCGCCAAUACUCAGCCACAACAACCACCAGUGUAUCAACACACAAGCAGAUCGUCCGUGUCUAACGUUGUGGGUUAGUCCCAACAGCUUGAGCGAGUCCGUCGUCAACUUAUUCAGCCAGUUAGUUAGCUAGAAUAGUUAGCAAACUAGCUAGCCAUUGCUUUCAGACAAAGAAGAACCCCUCCUUUCACAGCACGAACACACAGAGAGAGCCAAACUAACGUUAACUAGUCACCCAUGUCCCGAAUUCCUUGAGCGACUCGGGCUAUCAAUAUGUAAAAAACAAAACACAAGUGUAGGUUAUGACUUACCCCUAGCAGCUAAUGUUAGCUAGCCAAGUGCAAAGCUAGCCACUGAAUUGACUCAGCCAGUUCGCGUCUGUUCGCUCGGUCGUUCCAGCUAUUGUUUACAAGUAGCUAUCCAGGUUGCAACAAGCUUGCUAAUUUUCGAGCACAGUAGCCACUUGCUGCCUAACGUUAACGGUUCAGACAAUGAGGUUAUAAAACAGCUGAAUGGUAGGCAAUUAUUGUAUGUAAUUAUUGUAGGCAGCCAGCUGGCGUAAUUACAGGCACUCUCAGGCGUGAAACAACUAUACCGUUGCUAAUAGCUACUCGCCAGCUAGUCCAGGUGGUGAGUUAGCUAGCUAGCUUCGUGCUACACCCGGCACCGCCGAAUACAACACUAACCUACAAUAAUUACAUACAAUAACUUCCUACAACAACCCACGAUACCUACCUACAAUACCUAACUACAAUCUAAAUACAUAGUUUAAGCCUUACUCGACAAAGCCCAAGCUAUGUAUAAAGCCAAACUUACCCGACUCCAAGCUCCUCACCUGCUCACCUGCUCACUCACAUGUAGACUACACCAAUUAGGCCCCUUUUCUCUGCCUCUUUCUCUCUCUCUCUUUCUCUUCUAUAUAUCUCUUACUUUCUCAUCCUCUUUCCUUCUCUCUCAUUUUAUUCUCUCUCUCUCUCUCUCUCUCUCUCUCUCUCUCUCUCUCUCUCUCUCUUUUAUAUAUAUGUAACCCGAGCAUCACAAACAGGGCUUGUGAAUGUAUUCACCCCCCUUGGCAUUUUUCCCUAUUUUGUUGCCUUACAACCUGGAAUUAAAAUAGAUUUUUGGGGGGUUUGUAUCAUUUGAUUUACACAACAUGCCUACCACUUUGAAGAUGCAAAAUAAUUUUUGGGGUGAAAGAAACAAGAAAUAAGAACAGAACUUUAGCGUGCAUAACUAUUCACCCCCCCAAAGUCAAUACUUUGUAGAGCCACCUUUUGCAGCAAUUACAGCUGCAAGUCUCUUGGGGUAUGUCUCUAUAAGCUUGGCACAUCUAGCCACUGGGAUUUUUGCCCAUUCUUCAAGGCAAAACUGCUCCAGCUCCUUCAAGUUGAAUGGGUUCCGCUGGUGUACAGCAAUCUUUAAGUCAUACCACAGAUUCUCAAUUGGAUUGAGGUCUGGGCUUUGACUAGGCCAUUCCAAGACAUUUAAAUGUUUCCCCUUAAACCACCCAAGUGUUGCUAUAGCAGUAUGCUUAGGGUCAUUGUCCUGCUGGAAGGUGAACCUCCGUCCCAGUCUCAAAUCUCUGGAAGACUGAAAUAGGUUUCCCUCAAGAAUUUCCCUGUAUUUAGCGCCAUCCAUCAUUCCUUCAUGGUAUGGGAUGGUGUGCUCGGGGUGAUGAGAGGUGUUGGGUUCGCGCCAGACAUAGCGUUUUCCUUGAUGGCCAAAAAGCAAAGUUUUAGUCUCAUCUGACCAGGAUACCUUCUUCCAUAUGUUUGGGGAGUCUCACACAUGCCUUUUGGCGAACACCAAAUGUGUUUGCUUAUUUUUUCUUUAAGCAAUGGCUUUUUUUCUGGCCACUCUUCCAUAAAGCCCAGCUCUGUGGAGUAUAUGGCUUAAAGUGGUCCUAUGGACUUUGCAGCUCCUUCAGGGUUAUCUUUGGUCUCUUUGUUGCCUCUCUGAUUAAUGCCCUCCUUGCCUGGCCCGUGAGUUUUGGUGGGCGGCCCUCUCUUGGCAGGUUUGUUGUGGUGCCAUAUUCUUUCCAUUUAUUAAUGAUGGAUUUAAUGGUGCUCCGUGGGAUGUUCAAAGUUUCUGAUAUUUCUGUACUUCUCCACAACUUUGUCCCUGACCUGUUUGGAGAGCUCCUUGGUCUUCAUGGUGCCGCUUGCUUGGUGGUGCCCCUUGCUUAGUGGUGUUGCAGACUCUGGGGCCUUUCAGAACAGGUGUAUAUAUAUAUAUACUGAGAUCAUGUGACACUUAGAUUGCACACAGGUGGACUUUAUUUAACUAAUUAUGUGAUUUCUAAAGGUAAUUGGUUGCACCAGAUCUUAUUUAGGGGCUUCAUAGCAAAAGGGGUGAAUACAAAUGCACGCACCACUUUUCCGUUAUUUAUUUUGUAGAAUUUUUUGAAACAAGUUAUUUUUUUCAUUUCACUUCACCAAUUUGGACAAUUUUGUGUAUGUCCAUUACAUGAAAUCCAAAUAAAAAUCAUUUAAAUUACAGGUUGUAAUGCAACAAAAUAGGAAAAACGCCAAGGGGGAUGAAUACUUUUGCAAGGCACUGUAGGUUGGAUGCAAAAUAGCGUUUUUUAACAAGCUGGUUUAAUAUUAGAAGUCAGAAGUAUCUGCUCAUUGAGGAAGAAAAUAGCCUUUUGCUCUUAUAACUGUUUAUAAUGCUGUAAUUACUCUAGUUUGUAAGAACAUUAUAUUAAGAUGUUACAUAGUAAUUAUGUAAUUGUAUGGUCAUGUAGUUGAUUGUUUUUUUUUUGAUUACUCAAGUAGAAUAGGGCCUGUUUCUUAUGCUUGUGUGACAACAAAAUUGUUGUGAUUCGAGUUACAACUUUUCUUUUAGCUAACAUUUCUGAUGUUUUGUCUUUUCUAUCAGAUUGAGGUUGCACUGUAAGAGGAACAAGCUGGUGAGAGAGCUGGAGGAGAUGGUUCGCCUGGCAUCAUCACUACACACUCAGCUCAAGAGGUACAUUCACUCACCUAAACAACACAUUCAGCAACUGUCAACCAACUGUAACACAGCACUACCACACUGCCAGUUCAGGAGGCACAAUCACUUAAAUGUAUCUACUUAAAAUGUAAACUCCUAUUGCACAACUCAAUGUGCACAUUCCAAAAGAAAAAUUAAUAAGAAUACAUUUUAUUGUCUACAUGGAGACACGGGCAACGUUUUAACCUUGGAGGUCUUGGUCAGGUGAGGUGAGGUUACAGUCACCAAGGUGUAACAGUACAUCACUACUGUACUCUCUCAGCUCUAAAGUUAUUCACUAAUAAAUAACACUGCUAUUAGCACAAGCCUCUUUGUCCUCUCCUAUCUUGCCUCUCACAUCUCAAAUGGGCCUAGUACAUUCAACACCUUCAUCCAACUAACCCAUUUGUCUGCUGAGGCCUGUUGCAAGCUGUUACAUCAGGCAUUUUAGAUAUACCUCACAACCCUGCCUAGCCUGGUGCCUUGAGCCUACUUACAACCUUUUGAGGGGGAAGAGUGAAACUUCAAUCCAAGGUCUACAUUUACCUCAUCUUAAAGGAGUGUAUCUUUCAUUUAUAGAGCUCCAUAAAUUCACACAAGAUUCUAGACCUCUCGAGUGGCGCAGUGCUAGCUGUUCGAAUCCAGGCUCUGUCGUAGCCGGCCGCGACCGGGAGACCCAUGGGGCAGCGCACAAUUGGCCCAGCGUCGUCCAGGUUAGAGGAGGGAAUGGCCGACAGGGAUGUAGCUCAGUUGAUAGAGCAUGGCAUUUGCAACGCCAGGGUUGUCGGUUCGAUUCCCACGGGGGGCCAGUAUGAAAAAUAAAAUACAAUAAUGUAUGCACUCACUAACUGUAAGUCGCUCUGGAUAAGAGCGUCUGCUAAAUGACUAAAAAGUAAAAUGUAGACUACAGUAUUUUAUCUACUGAGUGGCUCAUAUGGUUCAUUCAGUUCUAUGAGGGAGUGUUGGUCUUAAAAUAAUAUGAGGGAGGGAUAGGACUUUGAGUAUUUAACCUUUUCUCUAAAAGCUCAAGAUGUGUCUUGAAUUUCAGUUCUGAAACAUGAGUGUGUGUUUCAGAAAUGGACUCUGUUAAACUGAAGCUGUGUUUUAUAAGAUGAUGCGAAGUCUCUGUUAGAGAACCAUAUAUGUAUUAAAGCCGUUUUCAAAAGACUCUCUUUUAAUCAAAUAAGUAACUUCAACAAUAGUGUUAGUCUCUUUUUCUUCUCUUUCGCUCUCUCUCUCUGUUUUUGUUAUCUUAUCAUGCCUAAUUCAUCCUCUGUUUCUAGCUGAUAUAAAUCAAAGGGCUGUGAUGCAGAGAGAAACUCCCCUGUGUCUUUCCUAAUGAGCUUGCCAAGCUUUAAUUACUAUGUUUUCUGUCGAGCAGACACUGCAUUUGAAGUUACUGAGGGCUAAAAGAUGGGAACAGAGGAGAGGAGAUGAAAAUGAGGAGAAUAGGUUUUCCAGUGCCCACACAGAUGGCUAUGGAAGGCAUAGGUCUGCCUGGAGUAUGUUCCUAGCUCUUCUAACGCUGUGGUCCUCUCUCUCCCUCUUGGUCCCGCGCUCCCUUUAUCCACCGUCCACUCCGCUUUUCUCUCACUCCUUUUUGCUGCCCCCAAUUUUUUUUCUCUCUCUCUCUCUCUCUCUCUCUCUCUCUCUCUCUCUCUCUUCUCUCCUUCUCCCCAUCCAAUCCUCUCUGAUUCUCUCGCUCUCUCCUCUCCAUCUCCUCUCUUUAUGCCUUCUUUCUGUCUAAUUUUCUUUCCGUCCUCCUCCCCCUCCAAUACUCUCUUCUCUGCCUCUCUCUCCUCCCUCCUCCCCAUCUCUCUCCCUGCAGUCUUUCGGCCAGCACACUGUCGUGUUCAUCAGGCAGCAGCCAUGGCUCUCUGACCUCCAGCCGUGGUUCUUUAGCCACCACGUCCUCCCUGGGCUCCACCUCCUCCCUGAGCUUCACAGAUAUCUACCUGGAGCAGCCUGAGCUGGGAGACCCUGACUUCCAGAACAAACUGGACUCCCUACUGCAGGAGGGUGGCCCGGGGGUCAGCUACCGGCCCUCCAGCUCCAUCACCACCAUCCACGAACAUGAGGUGGUCCCCGGAAAAGUGUCCGGAGAGAGAGCGGGCGAUAAGGGGGGUAUUGUCGGUGGGGGAGCAGAGGCCAGAACCAGGCUACAGGCGCUGAGACUAUCAGAGACACCGAGGUCGAUGAGUUCACUGUCGCCGAGGUCUUCGCUGUCGUCGCUCUCACCGCCCUGCUCGCCACUGGUCACAGACUCCAUAUUCCUCUCUGGUGAGAGGUUUAUGGGGCCGGGGGGCCCUGGUGGGGGGCUGGACAUGGAGCUGCAUAGCAGGCUGACAGAGCUAGGGCUGGGGCUAGACAGGGAGGAGCAGCAGCACCGUGGAGGGGUGGAGCAGGAUGCCACUAUCAUAGCUGGAGAGAUGUUUAAAGGUACAGUCACUUUCUGUCUAUUAUCUGACAUUAUUAAAGCUCUCUUUUAAUGUCACGAGAGUCAAUGUAUUGACUGCUACUGUAGACUUGUGUAGUGUUGGUGUAUAGUGGAGUAUAUGGUCCUCAUGUCCAUUGUGAACCAUAAAUAAUUAAUAUGUUUAAGUUAUACGAUCUACACAAAACACAUUACAAAUCAUAGCAAUAUCAGCAACACACUAAAAAAGAUAUGAACAUUAGGAACACCUGCUCUUUCCAAGACAUAGACCAGGUGAAUCCAGGGGAAAGCUAUGAUCAUUUAUUGAUGUCACCUGUUAAAUCUACUUCAAUCAGUGUAGAAGAGGAGGAGACAGGUUGAAUAAGGAUUUUUAAGCCUUGAGACAGUUGAGACAUGGAUUGUGUAUGUGUGCCAUUCAGUGUGAAUGGGCAAGACAAAAUAUUUAAGUGCCUUUGAAUGGGGUAUGGUAGUAGGUGCCAGGCGCACCAGUUUGAGUGUGUCAAGAACUGCAACGCUGCUGGGUUUUUCACGCUCAACAGUUUCCUGUGUGCAUCAAGAAUGGUCCACCACCCAAAGGUCAUCCAGCCAACUUGACACAACUGUGGGAAGCAUUGGAGUCAACAUGGGCCAGCAUCCCUGUGGAACACUUUCGACACUUUGCAGAGUCCAUGCUCCGACGAAUUGAGGCUGUUCUGAGGGCAAAAGCAGGUGCAACUCAAUAUUAGGAAGGCGUCCUUAAUGUUUUGUACACUCAGUGUAUAUGGGUGUUAGAGUUUACGUCAGGGAGUAGGUUAUAGGUUUCCAGUAGUAGUAGUAGUAGUAGCAGUCGCAGUCGUAGUCGUAGUAGUAGUAGACUUGCAUAAUGGCAAGCCUGCACAGUGUGACCCAGAGAGAGAGAGAGACAGGGCUGUAUUAGUGUACCCUGCUGAUGUAACACACACCUCCAUUCAACACUCUACCUUUAUUGGACUGGAAGGUCAGUCUUCCACCUCUGUAGUAGGUGUGUUUACGUGCGUGUGUGCAUGCACCUCGUGAGGAAUUCAAGAUUGCACCUGAAACCUGAUUGCCAGUGGGGGCACACCGGGGGGAGGAGGGAGAGAGAAGGGGUUGAGUUACAGCCCACUGUUACCUGUAUGGUGUACUCCAGCUAUGCAACUCAGCACCGGUUCCCAUGGCCGCCAUGGGGGAAAGGUUGUGACAAGGUGUUGUUCGUCUACACUCCUCUUCUCCUCCCCCUGUUUUCCUCUCCUCUUCCCAACCCCCUCUUCCCUUAGAUGCCAUAGUGCAGGUCAGAGGUACGGCAGGGGCGGGGCCUAGGAAGAUGGGCGUGACGUCAGCAGUGUCUGAUGAGUCGGUGGCGGGUGACAGCGGGGUGUACGAGCCCUCAGAGAGGAGGUGGGUACUGUAGAAAGCCAUUGGGUCACCUGGAGGAGAGGUGUUUACCUAAUAACUUUACUCUGGAGCAAGGCUUAAGACCAUGUUCAGUAGCCUGAACCUUCAUGGAUAGUAUUGAAAGAUAGGGGUGUUUAAUGAAGAACUAUCUGAUCCACUUAAUAUUGAACUAAUGUUAGGAGGGCGUACAGUAGAUCCAGUAAUUAAGGUCAAACACACCAUGUUGUAAUUUGCUUGAGAUUAGGUCAGGGCACCCAGUAACUACUAGAUGUGUAUGUAAAUUAAGUUAUUCAUAAAGCUAGACCUCAAAUUGUAGAGGUAUGAUCUGAUGGUUUAUCUAUUAAUUUAUCUAUUUUUCGAUUACUAUUAGAAAGUGACAAGCUGUCUGCAGUACUAUGUUUUGUUUGACCCUACAACCUGAGGGUCUUUUUGCCAUAUGUUGCCAGUCCCUCUCAUAACUUACUGUGGUGUUUUGAAGUCUGGUAGCCAGAUCUGUAUAGACUGAUAUCACCACUAUAAUAUCAAUGACAUGACUUCAAAUGUAAGGUUGAUGGCUAAAGCACAAACCAGGUCUUGCUUCCAGGUACUGUAUUUGAUAGCAGCUUUGUGGAUCUAACCCUAACCCUGUAUGUGUCACUGUUCCCAGGUCAGUCCUCCCUGCAGAGCUGCUGCUGGGCUGUGAGGAGAGGGGAGGACCACUAGGCUGUGCCCAGGUCAGGCUGGGCCUGAAGUACGAGGUGAAAGACGAGCGCUUCACUGUGUUCGUCAUGCAGCUCUCCAACUGCAGCGCCCUCGCCCUGCCACCAGACCACAAAAUGUAUGUAAGCAAAGUUACCUUUUCUCUUUGCUUUAGGAGUGAAUGACUGCCAUUACUUGGUUAUGUGAAACACCUCUCCGAUGACUGUGCAUAUGCUGUGUGUGGAUGUCUUUGUUACCGCUUCUCAUAAUCAAUUGUUUGUUUGUUUGUAUUGAGUAAGUACUGUAUGUUUCCUCUGUCCUUAACUGUACACUCAUCUGUGUGUACAUUGUCUUUAGGUGUUUAACUGUCUGUGUGUCUCCUCCAUAGAUACAUCCGUGUGGUGGUGCUCCCGUGCUCAGAGCCCACCUGCUGCCUCUUCCGGACGCGCGGCUCUCUCCCACAGGACACCGUGGAGGUCAGCGAAGUCUUCGGUGUCCAGAUGGCCCACAAUGCCCUGCGGCAGAAGACCCUGAGGGUGGACAUCUGCCACACCAGGCCGUCUGGCCGCGAGGAGUGUCUUGUAAGUGUAACGACCAUUGCUGGUCUGUCACUCGUCUCUCAAUUCAGCGUCAACAUAACAAACAGUCCACACCCAGAUAGAGUGCAAACACUUCUACGGUGGUGUAUUUGCUAAGUGUACAUUGAAAUGCCUAUGUAUACCUUUUAGCUUUCCCUUGUGUUGUCAUUGAAUCAUAUGACAGUGGUUUAUUGCUGUUAGUGGAUAAGAGCUUUUUGUCCUUCCUAACACUCUGUACUGUCUCAUGCAUGAAGUCUGUUACAACCGUGUAUAACAUCCUUCAGUAGACUGCCUUUUAACUCUUAUAUGGCUUCCUGCUGUCCUCUGGGCAGGCUGGUGCUCAGAUAAGCCUGGCUGAUGUCAACACCUCUGGGGAGAGAUGUGUCAAGUGCUACAACCUCCUCAGCUACUCCUUCAUGCCACAGAUCAAUAGCAAGGACAAAAAGACUGGGACGACUACACAGUCUGAAAGGGUAACAUAGACAUUCAUUCAUCAUGUAUAACAAUGGCCUGCAUUUCAAAAGGAAAUUGAUCAGUUAUUGUGAAUCUGAAUAGAAGUGUUAUGAAUAUCUAAACAUACUGUAUCUAAUGAAUGGAUGUAACAGAUGAGUAACAAUGUGUGUGUGUUUGCUGUGUGUUCCAGAGCUCUGUCCCCACCACAGAGAGAGUAGCAGGCAGUCUGGAGGGUGCAUCAGAGGAGGAUGAAUGGUGAGCUCUCCCUUCACUAACAGCAGCACCUUUAUCCCGUUAUUCUCCUGUCUUCUCCUCCUCCCAAUUUUAACCUCUACAGAGGACAUUCUUCCAUACUCGUCACAGUCAAUGAGGGAGAUAUUGUGUCUCACAGUUGAAUAACUGUUCCCUCCCUUCCCCCUCUCCCAUCUGUCUUUCCCAUGGGAAUAAGCUCAGACGUUUAGUGGAAAUUUUGAAAGCCCAGUGGCACACUAACCACCCCUCCUUCCCCACAGCCCCUUGCAGGUAGAAUGGGGAAGGUGAAUAACUGACAGGUUGCUCCCUCUCUCUCCUUACCUCCCUCCCUCCCUCUGUCGGUCUGACAGUGUUUCAACCCUCUACAGGCACAGUGAAGAGCUGGAAGGAGAAGGGUUUGAAGACGAGGAAGACAACAACACAGAGGGGGCGGGGCCUCUAGAGGAAGAGGAGGGGCUAUAUCCUGACAGUAGCCAAUGGGAGGGAGAGGAGGUGACAACCAAACCGACUCAAACAGGAACCAUGGCGGAGAGGGUAAGUGGAGACUCCAUCAACUGUUAUAAAUACUAUAUGAAUAAAUGAAUACUAUUUUAUUUGAUAUUAUUUAAUUAUUUGACCUAUUUCCAGAUGACGUUAAUGGGAAGUAUUUGAGUGAAAACAUGUAUAUUAAUUUGAUUCAAACGCAACAGUUCUACAAACCCAAAUUGAUAUACAGACUAACAAAUGUGCUGUAUGACGUAACUAUGAAUGACAUGAUUAGAGUUGUAACAGUAACUGAACAUAACAGUACAUUUGUAAGCCCAGCUUGACUAUGUAAAACAGACUUCAUUCUAAACUGCUCUCCUGCUCCGUCCCCAGGUGAACAAGGAGACCAGUACCGGCCACCACCACCACCAUGCCUCCUCCUGGGUGGUCCGGCCCAAGGAGCGUCGGCCCCACGAUGUGCCCCAGCAGAAUCCCUUCAUCCGGGGCAACGCCAUCAUCCGCUCCAAGACCUUUUCCCCUGGGCCCCAGAGCCAGUACAUCUGCCGGGUGAGGGCAGGCACUCUAGUGCAUACAAUACAUGGACAUAUUUAGUACAUAUCUAGUAUAUAGUAGUGCAUAUCUAUGCUAGAUAUACAUUUAUAUUAGUACAUAUCUACUCUCAAACACAUUCAGACAAACUUGUUAUUUAAUUCCAUCUGCUAAAUGACAGAAAUUUAAAAUACAGUUCACUUUGACUACUGUUUUCCGUUGUGCUAGUUCACUUUGACUACUGUUUUCAGUUGUGCUUAGCUUUGGAAAGCAUCCCUAACCCAACGAAAGCUGUCAUUCAUGUCCUUCUUGUUCUAACUUUUUUAUUUUGAAUGGUUUGUUUUUGCCUUUCUACUAUGUGAUGAUCAGAUCAACCGCAGUGACAGCGACAGCUCCACUCUGUCGAAGAAGUCUCAGUUCGUCAGGAACGCAUCAGAGAGACGCAGCAUGCGCAUGAAGAAGGUAGACACUACUCACUUAGUAUCCAUCCCACCAUAGUACAUAGAUCAGGGGUCGGCAACAGGCGGCCCGUGGGCCAAAACUGGUUUGCAAGUGUUUUUUUUGGGGGGGGGGGGGGCAAAGUUGAGUUUUUGGUCAGGAUUUUAGUUUGGGGGAUUUUUAGUUUUUGGUCAAAAUAUCCUGUACAAUCACUAGGAAUGAAGCUAAACAGGAAAUCUGGUCUCAAGUAAUGAAAUGAUUGUUAUUUUCAAAUACAAUCUCUUUUUGGGCUUAGUUGUGGUCAAUUUGCAGUGUACAAAUUAUUAUAAUUAUGUUCCGACCAUCCGCUCCGACAAAAAUCGGCCCGCGGCUGAAUCUAGUUGCCUACCCCUGCUGUAGAUCCUAUCUAUCAUUCUUUAUUUUUAUACUGAAUAAAUACCCACUUUGUAUUCAUCAUUUUACACAGAGAUCCUAUCUAUCGUUUUAUAUUUCUAUGAUAAACCACUCACUGUAUCUAUCCCACCAUAGAGAUACUAUCUGUCAUUCUUUAUUUCUACGCUAUAAAUACCAAUUUAACUUUCCAUUUCUGUCUGUUAGCCAAGGUUCUCAGUAUAACAAGUACAUUUUCUUCCCGUUCAGUCUCUCUCUCUCUAUUCCUUUACUCUGUUCAAACUGACAGUCUAAUAGUGCAGUCAAGUCUCAGGCUGUGGCCACAUUAGUUAUUCUCAAAGGGAGACAUUUACAUUUUUGCUUUCCCAGACCUAGCGAGACCCAGCCUUCAGUAAAAGUGAGUCUUAAUAUUUAAUGGCUGGUUGAAUUUUUAAUGCAGCUUGACAUUCUCUGGCCUCUAUUAAUGCAGGGAACAGGAGUGAACUCUGUCCAGGACAGAUCUGUCUGUCUACCUGCUGGGAAAGAGGAGGAGAGUGGAGGAGAGGAGAGGCCACUGGGAAAGGGCUGCUUUGUCUCCCUGUACCUCCUUAUGUGUGUGUGUGUGAGAGAGCGUGUCUAAUGUAUAAAUUACUAACCCACCAUUUCCCUCUUCCUCCUCUCCUCCCCCCAGCCGCCGGUGCGGGGCCUGGACGGGCUGCUGCGGACCAGUUUGGACCUGGAGCUGGACCUGCAGGUGUCCAGGACUUGCCACACGCGACUGGCCCAGGAGCUGCGGGUCCUCAGGGAGCUCAAGGAGCAGCUGGAGAGGGCCCGGCAGCAGGGCACCAGAGACCUCCCCACCUGGGUGCAGGACGACGAGCGCUUCCGUCUGCUGCUCAGACAGGCCGAGAAACAGGUGGGAGAGGGAGAUACACUGAUCCCCCCCAACACUCCAUCACUAAUAAGUGCUCUAUAUAGGGAAUAGGCUUCCAUUUCAAUCAAAAUCAAAUUCUAUUUGUCACAUGCGCCGAAUACAACGGGUGUAGACUUUACCGUGAAAUGCAUUCAGAUGCAGACUUUAUGAGACAGAUGGGAGGCUGUAUGUAUGUAAAUCAUUGGUCCAAUACACACCUGUGAAAUAUGAAGUGAGGGGUUAGAUGCUGUUCUAGCUGGUGACUGGCCAGGAGGAGUUGUUAAGGCCUAUUAUCCAACUUCUCUCUAAGCAUCUGUGUGGUGGUGUUGUCUGCAGACCCGUGAGGAGCAGCUGCAGGAGCAGAGGGUGGAGAAGAUGAUGCGUGCUGCGGCCAAGGACGUCCACAAGAUCCGAGGCCAGAGCAGGAAAGAGGUGCCCGAGGUCCAGUCCUUCAGGUCAGUACUGUAGAAUACAUUACAUUACAUGGUACAGCAACAGUAUAGUGUAACAGACCUCUUGUAAGAGGAGUUGGUCCAUUAAGCCUUUUCUCUUUCCCCAUGUAUUAGAUGAAUGACAAUGUUUAUAUUUUAUUUAGCUUCUCUCAUAGGUCUCAAAGCAUUAGGUUCAGUUGGAUGGACUACAAUUUGUCGUCCAUUCCAUUUGUAUACCAGUUAGUCUAGGAAUGUAAGAUUAUAUGGAAUUUUAAAUUGGGAAAAUGGCAAUUUUUUACAUUUUAGUCAUUUACAGUGGGGGAAAAAAGUAUUUAGUCAGCCACCAAUUGUGCAAGUUCUCCCACUUAAAAAGAUGAGAGAGGCCUGUAAUUUUCAUCAUAGGUACACGUCAACUAUGACAGACAAAAUGAGAUUUUUUUUCUCCAGAAAAUCACAUUGUAGGAUUUUUAAUGAAUUUAUUUGCAAAUUAUGGUGGAAAAUAAGUAUUUGGUCAAUAACAAAAGUUUCUCAAUACUUUGUUAUAUACCCUUUGUUGGCAAGGUCAAAAGUUUUCUGUAAGUCUUCACAAGGUUUUCACACACUGUUGCUGGUAUUUUGGCCCAUUCCUCCAUGCAGAUCUCCUCUAGAGCAGUGAUGUUUUGGGGCUGUCGCUGGGCAACACGGACUUUCAACUCCCUCCAAAGAUUUUCUAUGGGGUUGAGAUCUGGAGACUGGCUAGGCCACUCCAGGACCUUGAAAUGCUUCUUACGAAGCCACUCCUUCGUUGCCCGGGCGGUGUGUUUGGGAUCAUUGUCAUGCUGAAAGACCCAGCCACGUUUCAUCUUCAAUGCCCUUGCUGAUGGAAGGAGGUUUUCACUCAAAAUCUCACAAUACAUGGCCCCAUUCAUUAUUUCCUUUACACGGAUCAGUCGUCCUUGUCCCUUUGCAGAAAAACAGCCCCAAAGCAUGAUGUUUCCACCCCCAUGCUUCACAGUAGGUAUGGUGUUCUUUGGAUGUAACUCAGCAUUCUUAGUCCUCCAAACACGACGAGUUGAGUUUUUACCAAAAAGUUAUAUUUUGGUUUCAUCUGACAUUCUCCCAAUCCUCUUCUGGAUCAUCCAAAUGCACUCUAGCAAACUUCAGACGGGCCUGGACAUGUACUGGCUUAAGCAGGGGGACACGUCUGGCACUGCAGGAUUUGAGUCCCUGGCAGCGUAGUGUGUUACUGAUGGUAGGCUUUGUUACUUUGGUCCCAGCUCUCUGCAGGUCAUUCACUAGGUCCCCCCUGUGGUUCUGGGAUUUUUGCUCACCGUUCUUGUGAUCAUUUUGACCCCACGGGGUGAGAUCUUGCGUGGAGCCCCAGAUCGAGGGAGAUUAUCAGUGGUCUUGUAUGUCUUCCAUUUCCUAAUAAUUGCUCCCACAGUUGAUUUCUUCAAACCAAGCUGCUUACCUAUUGCAGAUUCAGUCUUCCCAGCCUGGUGCAGGUCUACAAUUUUGUUUCUGGUGUCCUUUGACAGCUCCUUGGUCUUGGCCAUAGUGGAGUUUGGAGUGUGACUGUUUGAGGUUGUGGACAGGUCUUUUAUACUGAUAACAAGUUCAAACAGGUGCCAUUAAUACAGGUAACGAAUGGAGGACAGAGGAGCCUCUUAAAGAACAAGUUACAGGUCUGUGAGAGCCAGAAAUCUUGCUUGUUUGUAGGUGACCAAAUACUUAUUUUCCACCAUAAUUUGCAAAUAAAUUCAUAAAAAAUCCUACAAUGUGAUUUUCUGGAUUUUUUUUCCUCAUUUUGUCUGUCAUAGUUGACGUGUACCUAUGAUGAAAAUUACAGGCCUUUCUCAUCUUUUUAAGUGGGAGAACUUGCACAAUUGGUGGCUGACUAAAUACUUUUUUCCCCCACUGUAGCAGACGCUCUUAUCUAGAGCGACUUACAGUUAGCGAGUGCAUACAUUUUUCAUACUGGCCCCACGUGUGAAUCGAACCCACAAUCCUGGCGUUGCAACUGAGCUACAGGAGGCUGCAUGGCUAUGAUAUGGAUUGGACGUUUCUCCAUUUAAAUUUCAUGACCAAUGCUAGUCCUUCUAAGUCGACUGGGAUUGAGUAACUGACGCUGGCUCUGAAGCAACUGAAAGACGUUCGCCUCAGUGAACACACAGCCUAGCAUUGAAAAAUAAAGAUUUGCUCUGUUCACUGUACAAAAAGGGAGGUUAGUUGUGUUUUUUGUCUCGUUAAGAUAAGACUUUUCUCUUCUGAUUUAAGAGAGAAGAUGGCCUUCUUCACUCGAGCAAAGACCAACAUCCCUGAUCUGCCUGUCGACGAUGUGUAGCGCAUUUCAAGUAUUCCACAGUCUUAACUGCUGUUUCCAAGGAGAUGACUCUGACGCAGACUUCUGGUGGUAUUAUGAAGAAUGGAGAAUAAUAAAAUAAUCAUGUAUAGGAAAAAAUACCAUCACAUCUUUUUAGAUCUCAAAGUUGCUAAUCUGUAUAGUUUUUUUAUUAGCAACAAGAGCAUUGUUUUAUUUUCGUCCUCCACUCUCUCUCUAGCAUUAUUGUUACUGUUACCAAUAAGUGGUUGUUGGAAGCGACCUUUAGAUGUUUUAUGGUAAAAUCGUCAUUCCAAUACACACCAGCCCUUUCUGUGUGAAAUUUGAAAAGAUUGUGAAGAGAAAUGCUGUUCUGUUCAUUAGCCAGGACCACUUACUCGCUGUAAUCUAAGAUGUGAAAAUAGACCCCCAGAGGUACUUUACUUGAACAUUAUUUAUAGUGCAACAAAUCUACAAAAUCAAUAUUCUGAUUGUAUGAUGGUGUACUAUGACCGAAUGUGUGGUUGGUUGUACAGUAUACUGAAACUGUCUGUCUGUCCCUAGUGGCAUUGUCUUUUCCUAUUUCUGAACACACUACUGUAUAUGGCAUCAGUGUCUGUAGUACCAGUCAGACCAUCUAUACUGUACUUUACUGUACAUGGCUCUUGUAGUAACUAUCUCUCAGCAUUGUGUAGGAACUGCACUAACUCUCACGUAUACUCAGGUAGUUUAUCGGAUAGUUUGUGCACUUUUAAAAUAGGAAUCUAAAAAAGAGGAUGGAGGCGUUGAAGAAGUGGGAGGAGUACUCCACUUCAGGCUGGAGUGAUUGUUGAAUCACCGCUUAACGAAGCACAUGAUUGUGAAAGACAAAAGAAGUGGAGAAGAUAACUCUUGUAUUUUAAUGAAGAUAAUUGCUGGCGAUAAACUCCCCAUUGACUGCAUGAUUUAAAACGGUAGUGAAGUGAUCCAAAAACUGCGAACUCCCAAGUAUAUCUUAGCUUAAA